AUGGACGUGAAGCGCAAGGGCCCUACUGUGCUUGUGGCCGAGCCUGAGAUGAAGCGUGGCUGCAACCACGCUGAGUCCUCCAAAGGCAGUUGCCCAUUCUGCGUCUUCGACAACGUAUAUAGCCACAACACCAACGACUGCCAGGAUCUGAAGGCAAUCCGUGAUGGGAGGAUCAGCCGCUGUCCCGAGCGCAACAACCGUGGCUACGGCCGCGGAGGAGGCCGCGGUGGAGGCCGCUGGGAUAACUGCAACACCCGCGAAGGCUGGCGUGAUCGGCCUUGGCGCGAGACUGAAAUUGGCCCAGUUGCGCGCGUACCGCGCGAGAGGCCCGCGAAAAGUUUGCACCAAAUAGCCGCCGCCCCAAAUAGGUCUUCCCCAAAUCGAACCCUCAUCCACACUGUCCUCUCCCACACCAACGCCGCCGCCCCCGCCCCCGUCCUCGUCCGCCUUAGAUCUCCACCGCCGACGACGACCCCCAUCGGUGUCGAUGGCGCCCGGUGCGUCGAGGUCGACGUCGCCUCCUUCCAUAGUCAUGCGAGGUCGAAUCCUCGGCUCCCUCCCUUCGACACCACCGACGGUGUGUCGAGGUCGAUCCGUCGAUGUCGCCCCCCUCUCCCGCACCAGACCCCACGGAGAAAUCUGAGCCUCCUCCAUUGGCCUGCGAGCGUGGCGAUGACAAGCGCUAGAGGAACCGUUGCUGCUUGGCUCCUCCACUGUCUCAGGGUCGUCGCGCCACCACCAUGCUGUCGCGCUCCGAUUCUCCGCGGCCCUCCACGGCUCGGCGCUGACGAGGACCGACGGGAUCCCCGCCACUGCUUCCUCCACCCAGCGGCGAGAGCUGUGCCCGCUCUUCACUACGCCGGCACACCACGCUGCUCAGAUCCGUCAUGGUGGAAACCCGAUACAGACACCUGCGGGUCCACAUCCUCCAUGUCCUCUGCAAUGAAGCAACAGAGCAUCUACCCUCCGCAAUGUUCUUCCCCUGGAUCAAUAGCGCUGCCUCCUUUUCCCCUUUAUUUGUCAGGUUUCCCUACAGAAGUUGAUGGGGGUUUCGAAGAUCUUCAAGCUGCUGAAGAUUUGGGAGAUUCGGAAGAUCUUUAAGCUGUUGAAGAUAUGGUAGAGUGAUUAUGCUUUGUUUGUGGAACCUAUACACUUGCUCUGCUCAUUUUGCCGGUUGUUAGGCCACAAUAUGCUCAUUUUGGUUGUGUGGCACCCCAGAAACAUAUGUUCUUUUGUGGCACACAUGUAGAAACAUAUAUGUAUUGUACCUUUUGUGGCACGACCUGCUUAUAUAUAUAUGGUUGUUAUGUUAA